CUCAAAAGUCUGGGUCUCUGUCUAGCUGGAGGCAAGAAGUCUUUAAAGAGCUGCUGAAAGGCCUCGGGGCUUCUUCAGUUAUCCCUUAAAGGGGAAGGAAAGAUGCCUUCGGAUUUCCUAAGUCCUUUUGUGGAGUUGGAUGAUGCUCUUUGCAAGAAUUUCCUGAGCCUGAAUGUGGACGGAGAUGUCCGAGCCCAAACCCUGGCCUCUCCGGUUUUCCAUCGCGCCCUUUCGGCUUGCCCCGUGGCCCUCUUGUCUUCUGACAACGAUGCCAUCGCGUUGUGCUCCACCUCCGACCAGAGCGACCUUCCGUGGCCCCGUCGGGGUCCUUGGGGCCGAGACCACGAGCUUCCCCGCACCGUCUUGCAAGACCUCCCAUUCCGAGCGGACCGUUCGGUGAGCCUGAUUGAGGGCAAAGGGGCCUUAUCAUCGUCAUCAUCGUCCCGCUACAAGACGGAGUUGUGCCGCACCUUCGAGGAGAGUGGCUCCUGCAAGUACGGUGCCAAAUGCCAGUUUGCCCACGGAGCUGUUGAGCUGCGGGGCCUUAGCCGCCACCCCAAGUACAAAACAGAGCCGUGCCGUACCUUCCACACGUCCGGCAUCUGUCCGUACGGGGCCCGGUGCCACUUCAUCCACAAUGCAGAGGAGCGCAGAACCCCUUCACGGAUGCCGUGCCACUUUUCUUCAACUCGACUCCUGUGCCGUGCCGAUAUGGAGACUCUUCCUUCUCCCCAAAGCCUCGACCUCCCCAAAACCUUCCUCCCUUGCAGCCAACCUUCCCUCGCUUGCAACAUAGUGACCUCCAACCCAUUCGCCUUCCCGAACUUCUUGGCGCUCCAGAAGAGCCUUUCUGCGGAUUCGCUUUCGGACGCCGAAGAUUCAGGAAGUUCCGGAGGAAGCAGUGGCUCCGAGUCACCGGGAUUGGGGAUUUUGGGGCGCCGGCUCCCCAUCUUUAGCCAGCUCUCUGUUUCGGAUGACUGAAAGACUAGGAUUCGUAAGAAGCCGUAGUUCUUCCUUGGCAAAUUAAAGAGACAAGUUUGGAGUCGGAAAUUGGUACUCCUUGGUUCGAACGCUCACCCUCCACAAAUGUUUGGCUAAGUUGUUUGUUCUUUUCAGGGAAGUUUUAUUCAAGAGAUCAGCGGUCAAGUUUUCCGCCAUCCGAAGAAGUAAACAUUCUUCAAUGUUUGGACCUUUUUCAAGCAAUUUAAUGAGAAAAACGGACUUUGAGCCCAUUUUUGGCCAUGAAGCAAGAAUAUAGACAAACUGAGGGAGAAAUAGGAUUUGUAGUUCUGGAAAUAAGAUAGAUGUUGGCAGACAGAUAGCAAGUUUCUUACAGUGUUUCUGUCCAGGUUGUGGAUGCUGGGUGGGGUGGUUAUGGAUACAUAUGGAUGAGUCUCCUUUAGGAGAGAUAAAACAGGGUAUUACUAUUAUUAUUUUAUUAUGACACAGCAAACAAGAUAGAUAUGCUGGAUUUCGUAUCACAAAAUCACAAGUCGAACACUUCCCAAGUGUCUAGGACUGUGUGAUGGAUUUUUGGAUGAUGUGUGCAGAUCCCAGUAGGGUGGCCUUUUGCAGUUGGCAGAUCGUGAUUUUGUCAAUGUCUAUUGUUUCUAAAUGCCGGCUGAGAUCUUUUGGCACGGCACCCUAUUAUUAUUAUUAUUAUUAUUAUUAUUAUUAUUAUUAUUAUUAUUAUUAAGGUCAUCCAUUAUUAUUAUUUUAUUGUAUGACACAGUAAAACAAGAUAGACAUGCUGGAUUUCAUUUCACAAAAUCAAAGGUCGAACACUUCCCAAGUGUCUAGGACUGUGUGAUGUAUUUUCGGAUGAUGCGUGCAGAUCCCAGUAGGGUGGCCUUUUGCAGUUGGUAGAUUGUAAUUUUGUCAAUGUCUAUUGUUUCCAAAUGCCGGCUGAGAUCUUUUGGCGCGGCACCCAAUGUGCCGAUCACCACCGGGACCACCUGCACUGGUUUCUGCCAGAGUCUUUGAAGUUCAAUCUUGAGGUCCUGAUAGCAACUGAGUUUUUCCUGUUGUUUUUCGUCAAUGUGACUGUCACCUGGGAUGGCAACAUAAUAAUAAUAAUAAUAAUAAUAAUAAUAAUAAUAAUAAUAAUAAUAAUAAUAAUGUUCGACUUGUGAUUUUGUGAUAUGAAAUCCAGCAUAUCUAUCUUGUUUGCUGUGUCAUACAACAUUGUUGUGUCAAUAAUAAUAAUAAUAAUAAUAUCUCCCUCAAAACCUUUUCUCAGACCAAAUAUUUAAAUUUCCUGCUACGAAAUGUCACGGUGCCCCUAUGUAGCAACUGGUAGAAACUUCUAGAAGCGCAAGGUGGGAUCAAACUACACCAACUAGUCGGGAAGGCUAAAGCAUUCUUUCUUAACCAGCCUUCUCGAUGUGUUGGACUACCACUCCCAUCAUCCGCAGCCUAUCUAUAUAGCGACCAGCCGGUUUUGCAAAGGAGCCUCCGGUGGCGUAGUGGGUUAAAGCCUCGUGACUUGAAGGUUGGGUUGCUGACCUGAAGGCUGCCAGGUUCGAAUCCCACCCGGGGAGAGCGCGGAUGAGCUCCCUCUCUCAGCUCCAGCUCCAUGCGGGGACAUGCGAGAAACCUUCCACAAGGAUGGUAAAAACAUCAAGACAUCCUGGCAUCCCCUGGGCAACGUCCUUGGAGACGGCCAAUUCUCUCACACCAGAAGCGACUUGCAAUUUCUUGAGAAAAAAAAAAGUUGUGCAAAGCUCAAAGAGAGGAGGGAGAUUUCCCCUUUCUUUCUUUUUUUGGACUAUUGUGCCCAGAAUCCUCUAUACAACAUGCAUUAUAGUCCAAAACUAGGGACUUCAGCUUGCGGAGAGACUUGCCUAUUGCAAUACUGGCAUUCAGCAUGCAUGGAUUAAUAAACCGAAGAAAUGGAUUGGCGAGAGUCAAGAUAGUCACUAAAGGACUUUGAAAGAGAAGAAAAUACCCGUCUGGGUAUGUUGACAUCCUUGUUGUGCAUCUCGAAUGAGAAAAACUUGAUUUAAUUUUUUUGCACGAUGGGACUAUCUAGAAAAAGGAGCACAUCCAUCCCAGCCGUCUUCAGCUAAUGUUUUUUUUUAACUUGUCUGCCUCCAGCAUUAGUCCGUCUCAUCCCUUUAUUUCCCAGGCUUAUUUCCCAAGCCAGACCACCUGUGCCCCCAAAGCACCCCUUCGAAGCGGCAACGAUGACCUUUGCCUUUUUCGGGUUGGGACUAAGCCAUUCGCCUAAACCUUCGAGGAUGUGGAUAUAGUCUUCUUGCCCUAUUUGGCCUGUUUUAGGAUCCGGAGAGGCCUUUUUUCUAAGGAGGAAAUACACCAUACCCUAUACAGGACAUCUGGGGAUGAAACGUCAAUAUUGACGUUUAUAUAUACAAAUACAUACACUAAUAUACAGUAGAGUCUUGCUUAUCCAACCUUCAACUUAUCCAACAUUCUGUAUUAUCCAACACAAUUUGCCUUUUAGUAGCCAAUGUUUUUGUAGCCAAAUUUUCAAUACAUUGCGAAGUUUUGGUGCUAAGUUCGUAAAUACAGUAAUUACUGUAUAUACUCGUAUACACACAUACACACACUAUAAUUAUUAUAUAUUAUACUAGCUGUGCCCGGCCACGCGUUGCUGUGGCGAAGUAUGGUGGUAUGAGAAAUAAAGUAUUGAGGAAUUGGUGGUAGUUAAGGUAAAGGGUCCCCUGGGCUGAGUGGGUUGCUAGGAGACCAAGUGAGCGGAGCUUAGCCUUCUAACUAGCUGCAAUUGGAUUAAAACAAUUAUUCCUCUCCCUCUAAUUAGGACUUUUUCUUUUCUUUUUGUUGUAUCAACCUAGAGGCAUGGAUGAGGGGUUGUGCUGUCAAUUUUCGAGGUUGUGGGGUGUUUACUUUUGUUGUUUUGUCCGCUGCCGUGAUGCCAUCACUCUUUUAUAUAUAUAGAUUUAUAUUAUAUUCGUGUAUGUGAAUAUAUCAACGUCAAUAAUAUAAUAUAUUAUAUUAAUGUAUGGAUAUGUGUAUGUGUGUAUAUAAGUGCAUGUACAGUAGAGUCUCACUUAUCCAACACUCGCUUAUCCAACAUUCUGGAUUAUCCAACACAUUUUUGUAGUCAAUGUUUUCAAUACAUCGUGAUAUUUUGGUGCUAAAUUCGUAAAUACAGUAAUUACUACGUAGCAUUACUGCGUAUUGAACUACUUUUUCUGUCAAAUUUGUUGUAUAACGUGAUGUUUUUAUGCUUAAUUUGUAAAAUCAUAACCUAAUUUGGUGUUUAAAAGGCUUCUCCUUAAUCUCUCCUUAUUAUCCAACAUAUUCACUUAUCCAACGUUCUGCUGGCCCGUUUAUGUUGGAUAAGUGAGACUCUACUGUAUUUAUUACAUAACAUCAUCAUGUAUUGAACUGCUUUUUCUGUUGUAAAACAUGAUAUUUUUGUGCUUAAUUUGUAAAAUCAUCACGUAAUUUGACGUUUAAUAGACUUUUCCUUAAUCCCUCCUUAUUAUCCAACAUUUUUGCUUAUCCAAUGUUCUGCCGGCCCGUUUAUCUUAGAUAAGUGAGACUCUACUGUAUAUUAUAAUUGUGUAUAUGUAUCUAUAAACGUCAAUAAGGUAUAUAAUAUAUAUUAGUGUAUGUGUAUGUUUUGGUGCUUAAUUUGUAAAAUCAUAACCUAUUUUGAUGUUUAAUAGGAAUUUACUUAAUCCCUCCUUAUUAUCCAACAUUUUCGCUUAUCCAACGUUCUGCCGGCCCGUUUAUGUUCGAUAAGUGAGACUCUACUGUAUAUUAUAUUAGCCUAUGUAUGUGUGUAUGCAUAUAUGUUUGUGUGUGUAUAUAUACACACAAAUAUAUAUAUACACAUAUACACACUAUAAUAUUUAUUAUAUAUUAUAUACAGUAGAUUCUCACUUAUCCAAGCUAAACAGGCCGGCAGAACCUUGGAUAAGUGAAUAUGUUGGAUAAUAAGGAGAGAUUAAGGAGAAGCCUAUUAAACAUCAAAUUAGGUUAUGAUUUUACAAAUUAAGCACCAAAACAUCAUGUUAUACAACAAAUUUGACAGAAAACGUAGUUCAAUACGCAGUAAUGCUACAUAGUAAUUACUGUAUUUACGAAUUUAGCAUCAAAAAAUCAUGAUAUAUUGAAAACAUUGACUACAAAAAUGCAUUGGAUAAUCCAAAACCUUGGAUAAGCGAGUCUUGGAUAAGUGAGACUCUACUGUAUAUAUGUGUAUGUAUAUGUGUGUGUGUAUACACACACAUACAUACAUAUAUAUAAUGUGUAUGUAUGUGUGUAUAUAUGUCAAUAAUAUAAAUUGAGGUUUCAUCCCCAGAUGUGCUCUAUAUCAUAUGGUGGGUGCAUGUGUAUGUGUGUGUGUGUGUAUACAAAUACACAUACACAUGGUCUAUUUCACUUGUAUCUGACCAUCAAUCUGGAUCCCUGAGUGCUGAUUUCAAUGAAUGUUCUCAAUAGUUUUUGACUACAACUCCCAUCAGCCUUAGCCAAUGCUGAGAGAUGCUGGGAUAUGUAGUCAAAAAACAUCCAGAGGUUUAAAUAAUGCUUAGAUUGGAUUCCUUUUGGAGAGCAUACCAGUCUAACUAUGCCAAUGAUUGUAUUUUCUUCCAUAAGAAAUUCCCCGUAUUUGGAAUAUUAGAGCCCCAGAUGGCGCAGCAGGUUAAACCACUGAGCUGUUGAUCUUGCUGACCGAAAGGCUGGUGGUUCGAAUCCGGAGAGCGGGGUGAGCUCCCGCUGUUAGCUCCAGCUUCUGCCAACCUAGCACUUCAAAAACAUGCAAAUGUGAGUAGAUCAUUAGGUACAUCAGGGGAAAACCUUUACCUUUACCUUGGAAUAUUCAAUGCAGGAAUGUCGCCUUGGAUAUAUCCAAGAUUGUUAUUAUUUUCUUAUCCUCAAAACAGUGAAAAAUUCCAGGAAAUGGAAUCUGAGGAACAAUAACUUCAGAACUGACUCAUGUGGUAUGAUACAUUUUAAAAAGCUAGUACAUUUGGGUAUGAAAUGAUGCGUGGCAUUGUUUUUCCACGCAAGUGCUGCAAAAUUUCAACCCGAAUCCUUAAUAUAUUGUAAGCUAUUUAUUGCGAUUUUUAAAUAAUAAUAAUAAUAAUAAUAACAAAUCAAACUUUAUGUCUGAUAUUUGGAACCAAAUAUGUUGUGUUUUCAUUUGAUAGAAGAAUAAACGUCAUUCUUCAUUUAAUCAUCUACAAAUUGUUCUUAGAAAAAGUUUAUUAGCUUAUUCUAAAGUUAUACCAGCGCCUGCCUUAUUGUGCUUCGGAAAGAGUGAUAUAUAUAUAUAUAUAGAUUUAUACAUAUAAUUAUAUAGUAUUAACUAAUACUAUCUGUAGUAUUAACUUAUUUAGAGAGAGAUGUUUCUUUGGUUCGUCGAUCUCGCGGCUAAUGAAUACAACUUCAAAUGUCUGUAUUACUAUUUCGGUCUGUAAUAAAAUACGGAUAAAUCGGA